GUUUACAUUUCAAACAAUACUAUCGAAUACUGUAAUAAUAUGGUGUUAGGAGUACCUAUAUAACCGAUAGUAAGUUACUGAGUAGGUAGGUACUGUAGACUGCAUAGUAUGUUAAAUAUAUAAUACCUAGUUAAUUCUCAAUUGAAUUUUUUCCCUUCUAUAUAUGUACCAAUAUAAUUUAAAAUAAUGUUUCAUCGCAAAAUUAUUAGCUGGUAGUUCGUGCCUUUAUAUUUUAACACAAUGGUGAUGGCUAGUAAGAUAUUAAAUACAAUAGAUAUGCCAUGUCAUGAAAUCAUACACCCGUGGGUGACUUCAUGUUGCAACGCAAGUACCGGUUUAUUGAUUCAUUCGAUCCAAACUUCGUUGCGAAUUUAUGUUACUACGUACACGUUGACUUUACUGAUGAAAGGUCGAAAACCGACCAAGAAGGAACUCAAACAAACCCUGUUGAACAUUUUACAGUCUACUGCUUUUCUGUCAUGCCAUUCAUUUGGUUUAUUGUCUGCUAUGUGCUUACUAAGAAGAUUAUUUGGGAAAUUCAAUGUGCUAAGUGUAGCAUUCCUUCCGUGUUCUCUAUCCAGUCUAGUCGCUAUAUUAAUUGAAAGGCCAUCCAGACGAGGAUUACUAAGUCUCUAUGUGACAAAUGUCGCCUCAGAAACAUUCUAUAAUAUGAUGGUUAAUAGAGGCAUUAUAAAACCGAUUCGUUAUGGAGAUUUGUUUAUAUUUGGGUCAUCAAUUACACUACUGCUUUAUUUUUUCAGAGGACAGCAUAAUAAAACAGAUUCAAUAUAUUCCCUUUUAAGGUUUGUUGUUGGUUCUUCCGAAGAAAAUAAUUAUAAAAAACCAUUGUUAUCUCCUCAAACUCAUCAGUCAGGUAAAUCAAAUCAAGGUAUUAUUCGACAAGCAAUUACUGAUAUAUAUCAAGCUUAUUGUACUAUAGACAGUGAAUUAAAAACAAUUUGGACCAGUGAUUUAUGUCCGCACACUUAUGGUUGUUUAUAUUAUAUUCUUAGUUCAGGAACAAGGUUAUUUUUAGUUGGUUAUACAUUACAAUUAAGUUUGAAGUUGCUACAAGUCAACCAAAUUUUACGUGAUCCAAGUUAUAUUUUUAAAUUAAUGAUAUCGUCAGAUACAUUUAGCUUAGGAGCGUUUCUUGGAGGAUUUGCUUCCAUUUAUAGAAUUGUAUCAUGUUUAAUGAGAAGAUUCCUAGGUAAAGAUUCAAAAUACAUAUGUAUUCCUGCUGGAUUAUUGGCUAGUCUCACUUAUUGUGUGUAUCGUAAUAAUUCGAUUACUUUAUAUGUUAUGUUGAAAACAUUACAGAUAAUGUAUAUUAAAGGUUCUAACGAUGGACAUUUUCCUGAUUUACCUCGAGCAAAUAUAUUCUUUUAUUGUUUUUCUACAGCUAUUUUAAUUCAUGCAGCUAUACUUGAACCACAUAACUUAAGACCAUCAUAUUGGAAAUUUUUACAGUCUCUAUCUGGAGAAACUGUAGGAUUAAUUGAUCGAAAUUAUUUGGAUAUAUUUGGUCUUAAAUCAAGUGAAUCAUUUAAAAGUGUAUUAAAAACAUACAAGCCAGUUCCAUCACGCGUUUUUAAAUUUAAAUCUAAUAUCAUUAGUUGAAAAUCUAAGAUAAUGUAUGGUUAAUGGUGUAUGUAAUAAUAUAGUAGUUUAUUAAAGCAUA